AUGAAUUACAUCGUUUUUUUCGCUUCCGUUUGCUUUACCGGUGUCCUGUCCCUGUCCAUUCACGAGGACCCCAGUCAUGUCGGCCGCAUACCGGUCGAGUUCCAGAACCCCACAUACAACACCUUCCCCGACAAUCAUUUUCCGGACAGAACUAAACGGGAAAACGGAAUUCUGUCGUCACAAACAAUGCCGAUGCCGAUUGUCGUCUCUAGCGGAAACGUAACUUCCAAAGUAAGUAUUUACCUACUUAAUAUAAAUUGUAUUACUAUUAUCCAGUCACCUUGAAAUCAGAAUUACCUAUUAGAAAUCAUACGUCGGUUCCACAAUAUUAAGAAUAAAUUACCGACUUAAUCGAAAAAUCAUAAAUUACAAAAUUACAAUUUUAGAUUCUGAGCGGAACUUGCCUGAAUAUACAAUGGAGAAGUAAAACUAUAUCUAUGAUUCGUAAGGAAGUACUUGUUUAACUUUAAAAUUUCACGAGCAACUUUUUUUUCAGUAUUUGAAAAAAAAAUUCACUAAUAGCACAUUCAAAUUUGUUUUUUUCAACACACCUAAUUUUUAAGAACAUAAUGUACUGCAUAUUAUGUAUUUUAUAUUGUCUUUGAAUACCUAUAGGUAUUUUGACAACAAAUAAUUAUCAGGUAUCUAAACUUUUUUAUUUCACAGAUAGUUAUUUAUGAUAACACUCGUGGCUUAUACACUUUAUUUUAUUUCAUUAAUAAUUUUUUUUUUCUAUUUAAUCAGUCACCAAGGGAACCCAGAAAUCAAUGAAAAUCUCAAAGACCUUGUUUCAGUCACCCUUAAAGGUUGAAUUUCGGAAAUCCAGCUUUAAAUCAUACUGACCUUUUCAGACCUCUUCAUGUGAAAGAUUCUGCUUUGACAAACAGUUCCUUUUAUUCAAGUUUUUAUUAUUGUUGAGAUUAUUAUAGACUAGCUGAGUCGUUUACUCACUAUGUUAUUUAGAUUCUGAAUAGCACCUAUAUUUUAAAAAUUAUUAUAAACAAUGUAUCUAUCAAUUUUAUUAAUUUAAAUUAAAAUAUUGUAGGUAACUGUGAACUGUCCUGGGUGUGUAAGUACCUAAAUAAAAACAAUUUUGAUAGACAAAUAUAUAUAUAUAUAUAUAUACAUUUAUAUAAUGUAGAAUCAAUUAUUGAUAGGUGUUGCAAAUUUUACUAGACAUCUCAAGUAGUAGGUACAAUUUUAUAUUUUUAAUAUUUGAUUUAUUAAACUAUUUCAUUGUAUAUCUAAGUAGUUUGAGAUUUGUUUCUUAUUGUUUAUAUUUAAAAGAUCUAAAAGAUAAAUUCCAUAUUUACUUUAUAUCUAUAUGUUUUGCUUAUUUAACAACAUGUAAAAAGCUAAUCAUUCCGCUAUUAAUCUAAUGAUUAAAAUUGUAUUACUUAGUGUCUAAGCAAUAGCAAUUCAACAAUAUCUGGUGACAGUGAUGUAAGUUUUCAAGUUAUCACACAGUAAUUGAAAUUAUUAUAUUUAAAAAUUUAUAACAUGAUUAAAUGAUUAACUGUAAGCAGUGGCGUAAUUAUGGGAUCGCACUUGCAACGCCCAAAGAUAAUACUGGUGUUGCAAAAGUAUUGACCCCUGUAUUUAUGGUUUUUCAUUAGCAAAAAAUAUUAAAAAAGGUUUGAAAAUAAUAAAAUUAUAUAUUAUCAAUACUCCACCAAUGAAAAUAUUAUAAUUGAAUAAAAUUUACAAUUCACUAUUUUACUGUUAUAAAUUAAAGAAAAAUAAAUCUAUUUUUAGAUUAAAACUAUUCUGUAGUCAUAUUUUUACUUAAAAUAUUUGAUUUAUUAUUAUAAUUACAUUUUUUUAUUUAAGUUAUGGAAUAUUUUAGUUACAAUGAAACCUCUAUUAAUGGACACCCCUUAUAAAUGGGCACAAUACAUGUGUAUACCGAAAAUGUUUAAGUAAUAAAAAUACUAUACAUAUUUAUUUGUUAUACAUUUCGUUCAUAUUUUAUCUUAUCUUAAGAAGACAUUAUCUCGCAUUUACUGUCUCAGUCCAACUACUGGGUAACAUACAAAAACAAUGUUUAUUCAGAAUAAGUAAAACUAGCUUAAUUUUAAUUUUAGAAUAAAUGUACCUAUUAUGAAAUGUAUAGAGAACAAUAUUUUGGAAGAAAUGUCUUUGGUGUUUUUUGAAUUAUGAACCAUUAAAAAAAUUGUAUUUUUUAUGUUAAGCUAUAUAUUUUGAAUAAUAUAAAAACCAUUCCCUCCAAAAUAUUGUUAUAAAUUUCAUGAUAGGUAUUUUUACUCUAAAUUCAAAAUUAAACUAAUUUACUUAUUCUGAGUAAGCAUUAUUUUUGCAUAUUACCUCAUAGUUGGACUGACAGUAGAUGCGGGUAUAACAUCCUCUUAAUGGUUUUCCUAUUCAAUAAAUGACAAAUGGUUUGGUUAUGUUUUUGGUCAUCAGUUGUGUACUAUAAAAAUGUACACAAAAUAGAUUAUAUAUUUUUUAAUUGUACAUAAAUAUUUAACAUUUUUAUACAUAUACCUACAUAUGUAUGUAAUAACUAAAAAAAACAAACUAAACUUAAUAUUUAUCAUAUUAUCAUAAACAAUUAAAAAAUUACAGUAUAAUAAUAAUACAUUUUUUAUGAAUUAUAAUAAUUAAUACCAAUUAUAAUGUGUAUGUAUAUGUAUAACCAAUUCUCUAUAGCGCCUCCCUAUAAUGAACGUUUUGUAAUGUCUCGCAAAUUUAUCCACUAUGUUGAGGUUUUUUCAAUAGUGGAUAACUCUAUAGUAGACAUUUUUAAUACCUCAUGGCUCUCCACUAUAAAGAGAUUUCACCGUAUGAGUAUUAAAAAGCAAACAAAAAUUGAAAUAACCAAUAAAUGUAUAAAUCAUUACUAUAAAUAUAUUUAAAUACGAGAUCAACAGUGAAACAUUUAUAAUUUGAAAAUUCUGAAUUUUGUAUUCUAACUGUAAAAGAUUAAAUUAAAUUCAUAGUUUUUAGUAAUUAUAUGUACUUAUAUAAGAAGAAUUAUAUAGAUUUAUAAUGCAUUUUAUAUUAAUAAUAUAUAAUAAUAUGAUUGUAUUAACACGUUAUUUGUUUUUUUAUGUUGGACAUCUUGAGUAAUUAUUUAUUGAAACCCCUGUAAUUACGCAACUGAUUGUAAGUUAUUAAUUAAAGUAUGCUUUUUACUUAAAAUAAAACAAAUUAUGAAAUUACUUUAAUAAUAUACUACUGUUAGUAACUACAUAAAUAUGUAAUGCAUACUAAUACAAUUUCUGUCUUAAAAUAGGUAUUAUCAUUUUAACAAAUAAAAUAUAAUUUUAAAUUAUUAAAAUUUAAUUAAUUUAAUUACCUAUUGUUAUUAUUGUUUAUCAAUAUUAAAAAAUUUUAAAUCAAAUAACAUUAUUUUAACAACACUUAUUAACACCUUUUAGAAUAUGACUCUAACAUUAUUAUUUUAUUGAAGCUUAGUAAGUUCAAUUAAAUAAUGGUUUCUGUGGUGGGAAUAUAAUAGAUAAUAAUUUUAUCACUUUAUACAAAUAAUAAUCACCAAAUGUAUGUGCAUGUUUUUAUUUUUUAUUGAUAUUGCUUAAGUUUGUUAUUACUUAUUAAUACCUAUUCGAACUAUAGGUACCAUUUAUUUAAUCCAAUUUUUAAAUAUAUUACAAUUAUGUUAUUAUCCAAACAUCAGGUCAAGUAAUUUUUAAAAUAAAAAAUGCCCUAGCAAAUUGUUUGAAAAUUUAGUACUAUUAUAUAAUUAAGACUAAAUAUGAUUCUGCUUUUAUGAAGUACCUAUUUUAUUACUCCAUAAAUAAGUAGAAUACCUUAAACAAUUAAGCUACUACCUAUACUAUUAUAUUUAAAAUGAAUUAAAUAAAACAAUACACUCAUAUAUUUUUCUAGGCAAUUAACUAUUUAAAUUAGUAUUUCAUUUAGCGUUUAUAUUUUAAAGUUUAUUAAAUUUCUUUAUACAUAUUUAUGUUUUAUUCACUAAUUUUAUUUACCAAAUUGGAUAAAAUUAAUGACUUAUAGUUAUUGAUUAAACAUUCAAUGAGUUCAAUCAUUUCUUUCAAUAAUCAUUUGUGUUGUUUUAAUAAUAAAUUAAAUAAAACAUUAUGUAGUUAAUGUAAAAUAAAAAUAGGUUUCAAUAUAUUCUAUUUAAUAUAUCAUACUUCAGUAUUAUCCAUAUUAAAAUUAUUUUUUGGAAGAUAUAAGCAGUGAAAAAAAUAAGUAACUAUUUUUAUAAUAUACCUUGUAUCCAUGGAAGUAGGCUACAUUUUCAACUCAAUAUUAGGAUGAUCCAAAUUUAUAUAGGCUUGACAUUUUCUUGAGAAAUUAAAAAUGAAUUCUCCCCCCCCCCCCCCAAAAAAAAAAAAAAAAUUUUUAACUGAUAUGAAAAAUAAUUUUAUAUAAAUAUGGACUCAAUAACUCAUUCCCUUCCCAUGCCAAAAUAGGGUUGAACUAUGACACAAGGGUGUUUUUUUUUCUGUUUUUUUGGACCACCCUACUAUAUAUAUAUAAUAUUCCAAUUAUGUUUACAGACCAUUAAACUAAACUAAUAGAUCAUACUUUUUUUAAUGACAAUCCCUAUUUUAAAUAUCAUUUUCGGAUUCAUUGAUUUUUUUUUUCAAGUUAUUUUGAUAUAUAAACUUGUAUUCUAAAUCCAAAAUUGGCCAAAUAAGAGCUUUCUAUUUUAAAUUCCAAGUAUUUUUUAAAUAUUAAUUAUGUAUUAUUUUAUUUUAUUUAUACUCAUGAAAUACCUUAGUUAAAAACAUAUAUUUUUUAAUUUUGUUCAUUGGAAAAAUAAUAAUUUUCUAACCAUUUACUUAACAGAAACUAUAAAAAUAAAAUACCUUAUCGAUAAAUUAUUAAAAGAUUGCAUGCCUCAAAUCAAGAUAAACAUUUGCGGGUACAUAAACAUUCAGUAAAAUUCGAAGUUGCUGCCAUUUUCUGAUUUUCAUAAGUCUUAAAUAUUUAUUAGAGGAUUAGCAACAGUUUUUAAGUGUGCCAAAAAAAAAAAAAUCCAAUGAUGUAAAAUCAGGUAAUCUUGGGGGCCACUCUACGUGUCCGUGUGUUGAAAUAAGUUCACCAAAUUUCAUUCUUAAAAAUUCUUUGACAAUUCUUGCUUUAUGAACAGGUGCUCUGUCUUACUGAUAAUAGAAGUUUUUACUUGUAGUUUAGAAUUAAGAAGUAAUGACAAAUUAUCACCCAAAAAAUUUAAGUAUCCCUCCAUUAAAUUUUCGUCAAUAAAGUAGGAUCCCAGUAAUUUCCCAUCAAUCAAAAUCAAAACAAUUCAUAAUGUUUGAAAAGGAGUAGGAACAGUCUAGUGAGUAUUUGUAUUCGACUAAAAACGAUUAUUCUGUAUUUAAUAUUUCAUUAUUAGUAAUUUACUUUAAUCAGUCCACAAUAUAUGAUUAAUAAUGAAUCGUCCUCAGACUUCACCAUAAACCUAAAUUUUUUUCUAGAUCUAUUAUACAUAAAUGUUGGACAAGUUCUGGUUUAUAAAGGUGGAGUUAGUUUUUCUUUAAUAGAUAUCUUAUGAACUAUACUUUUCAAUACGCCAACUUCCAAUGUUUCCAAUGUGUCUAACAGACAAAUGUAGAUUAAGAUGUGCAUAUGCAUAAAUUUGAUUUUAUCCUAAAUUACCUCAUUAAAAUCUUGAAUUCUACCAGGUUGAUGUCGGACAGGAAAUCUAUCGAAUAAACCAUAUUUUAUCCAUGAUUUUUUCAAGUUGUUGAACAUAAGUGAAAUAGGUAUGGUAAUAAUCUGAAUAUUGUCCAGUAAAUAUUCUUGCUGUUUUUUGUGCAUUUCCGUUACACUUUUCAUAGAUUAACAAUAAUUGAACUUUUUCAUGGUUAUUCAUAAUUAGUUUUGUGUAUAAAAAUAACAAAAUACCUAUUAACCAACUUUAUUCUUGUCAAUAACGAACAGAAAAUUUCAACUGAACCACAAUGCUUAAUGCACAUGAUUAGAUUAGAUUAGAAUUAUAGAUAUAGGUCAGGGGUGGCCAAACGGUUGAUCGCGAUUAACAGAUGAUUUAAAUUUCAAUCUCUAUUCUGUUAUUAAAUUAUGAAUUUAUCUUAAUAUAUUAUCUUUAUUUUAUUUGUAAAUUUAUCAAGUAAUACCAAUUCAACAGUAUAUCCUGAUAAUUGUAUUUACAAUAAUAUUACCUAUAUUAGUCUUAAUAAUAGUGUGAUGAAAAAAAUGAUAUAAACAUUCUGGUUGUAUUAUUUUAUACAUGUAUGUUUAUUGUUAAUACCUAUUAAGUAUUUUAUAAUUAUACAAUUUUGUUAAGAAGUCGAUCCUCCAAGGAAAAAUAUAUUAAUAGGUCUCUACCAAAAAAGGUUUGACCACCUCUGGUAUAGAUAAUUCCUAAUGUAAUAAUAAAUAAUAAUUAAAUAGCUCUGAUGGAAUGAGAUACAUAGUACACACAUUUAGAAAUAAAAUAAAUGUUUACAUCAAUUUGAUGUAUGCACUUUACACAACUGAGAGAUCUUUAUUUGUAUUUAGAAGGAAAAAAUAAGUAUAAUUUACAAAAAACAAAAAUGUUGAAAUUUAACAAAAUGUUAUUUUUAAUUUAAAAUAGCUCUCAUUUGACCAAUUUUAAAUUUAGAAUAUAAGUUAUACAUUAAUAUGACCUGAAAAAAUUAUAACCAGAGUAUUAUGGAAGUCUAAUUUUUGUUUAUAAAUAACUAAUUGGUCCUUGAAAGUAAAUUUGUAUUAUUUAAUCUCUUCCAACUAUUUAUUUUGUCAAUAAUAUUGUAACUGGUAUAAUAUAUUACCAACUUUCGAAAUUAUUUUUAAGUGCCUAGUUACAAAUUAUAAUUUUUGAACUUAUUUAACUUUAAUAAUAGAUCCUUUUAUCGUUUUUAAAUAAUUGUAAUUCAUAUUUUUUAAUUUUAUAUUAAAUUAUGUUUUCGUUAGAUGAACAUCCCAGUAAAAAAUGAUUAAAUAUUAAAACUCUUUUGUAAUUAAUUCUAUUAACAAUAUUAUAGGUUCCUUUUAUUCAAUUAUCAGAGGUUUAUUUCUUAAUUACCUAAUAUUAUUUUAAUAUUAAAUUAAUCUAAAUAAUAUGUGUAUAUAUCAAAUGCCAAACAUUUGUUAUUAUUAUAUUGUUUAUGUAUUCAACUUUAUUUAUUUUUAUAUGUUCAUAUUUUCAUAAUAAAUAUAUUUAUAUCAAUUUAUUCACAAUUUGUUUUUUUUAUUAUUUCACACAACUUUUGUUUAUUCUUUUAUUGUUAAAUAAUUGUUUAUAUUGAUUUAUUUAGGUUAUUCAUUUAAAUGAAACCCGACAACAGUUGAUGGUACAUUGGGUCGGUGAAAAUUCAAAUGUUAUUAUAUGUUUGGCUCGUGAAGGAUAUUCAUCUUCAGCUAUAUAUAUAUCGUAUGACUAUGGAGAUACUUAUAAAAAUAAGACGGAUGAUUUUAAAAUUGAUGCCUCAAAAAACAUUUAUGCCUCGAUUGACAAAUUUUAUAUACAUCCUACUCAUAAAUCAUAUGUAAUUUGUUCUUUUUGUACUAUAGAUGUAUUGAAUUAAUAAUUUAUUAACUAUUUAUUCCCUCCUUAGUGUGUGUACACAGAUGUAUUGAAUCGUAAAAUAUUUACAACAAAUGAUCAUAGCCAACAUAUAAAAUCAACUCAACUGUCAUUUGUGCCCAGUGAAGUGACCUACAGGCCAGAUUUACCAUUUGUGUUUGUUGUCCAUGACAAAGUUAGCCCUAACAAACAAGUGUGUAUAAUUUUUUUCUUUUAAAUAUUACUAUGAUCAUUAUAUUAUUUUAAGGUCAUAAUAUCAUAACACAACUAUUAUAUUUAUUAUUAUAACCUUUUAUUAGUGCUAUUACAAUAUUUUAAAUAACAUUGGUCAGCAUUUAUGUAGGAUGUUUCUAUAUUUUUCAUUUCCUGUUCUCGAAAUCAAAUUGAUUAUGCAGGGAAUUUAUUACAGCAUAACAGGAUGUGAAAAUCUCUAUAACUAUUAUUUAUAAAUUAUUGAACUAAAUUGUUUGAAUAUGGUCAUUGGUCAAUCUAUUUUAUAUUAAAUGGGAUUCAUGUAAAUUUUUUUAAUAUGUUUGUUAUUAUUCCUUUUAAAUUAAAAUAUUUAUAAUAUGUACGCUUACAUAUUAACUUAGGUUUGACUUAUAAUAAAUUUUCAAUAAAUAUCAAUUGCAUGAUUUAAAUUUAAACUACAUAAUAUUACACCAAGAUAAAUUUUUUUCUAACAAAUUGUUUAUUUAGAUGACUGAGGAUUGAUAUGAUUUGUUCAAAUAUGUUAGUCAAUUUCCAAUGCAGCUAAUAUUAAAAUAUCUCCCAUCUCAGUUUUUCCCACUUUGAAUUUUUUAUAUUUGUAUGUAGGUAGUGGGUAUUGAAAUUAUAUUAAAGAAAAAAUAUGUUUUUUAUUUUGGGCAUAAUAUGUCAAAUCACAGUUGAUCAUACAGUAUUAAAAAGUUUAAUGUGUGAACAUUACAAAUAAUUAAUUUAGAAAAACUUUGUUUAUAAAUGAUUUCAUAUCAUACUAGUUUUCAUUUAAAUUAUUUAACUAUUUCUUUUAGUUAUGGAUAACUCAUGAUUUUGGUAAAACAUGGACCAUGCUUGAGGAGCAUGUAAAAUCAUACUUUUGGAUUCCAGCAACUUGGGAUUUAUAUAAACGUGGACAUUCAUUGAUUAUACAAAGAGAAGAAUCAAUGAAUUCAUCUAAUAUUAUUGCUGUUUUGGAAAAUGUAAACUCUGGUCAAAAUAGUUUAACUACUUUAGCUGUAAAUGUAUUGCAGUUAAAAAAAUACUUAGACUAUAUGUUUGUGACUACUCAAUUAUCAAAGGUAAGCGAAUAAUUGUUUUAUUAGUUUAUACAAUUAUUAUUUUUACUUUAUUUACUGUCUAAUAUAAUUUAUUUAUUAAUUUUUUAGAAUAAUUUAGAUUUAAUGAUAAGCUAUAAAGGUGGGGAUUUUGUUCGAACUCGUUUUGACACUGAACUUGACAGACGUGAUUACUAUAUCGCAGAUAUUACUGCUGAUAGAAUUAUGGUUGCUGUUGCUCAUACUCGAACUUUAUCAAAUUUAUACAUUUCUGAUGUAAUUCAAUCUACUAAUCAAGACACAGUGACAUUUACUUUGUCACUUGAAAGGGUUGUCGCUUAUUUUCCUAACAUCACAUGGACAGAAUCUCUUAUCAGGUAUAUAAUUUUUUUUUAUUAUUAUUAAAUACUAUAAAUUAAUAGCAAGACUUCCAAAAAAAAUUGUCUUUAAAUAUUUGAACACAUCAAGUGUGUCACAUCCUAAAUAAAUUAUUAAUUUUUUCCAAUUUAAUUGUUUAGUGAUUUGUGGACAGAACCAUUUGCAGACAUACAUAAAGUGAAAGGUCUCCAAGGAAUUUAUAUUGUAUCACAAAUUUCAUCCGCAAUGCCAACAGGAAGUGUAGACAUAGGCCCAGAACACAUUGUAACUCUUAUCACUUUUGAUUGGGGUGUUAGUUGGAGAUUAUUGAAUGUUACACGUGCUUUCUCUCAUUGUGAAAAGGUUAUAUAUAUAUUUAACUUAUUUGUUUAAUUUUUCUCUAACUGGUGAUUGAUUUUUUUUUUUUAGCCUGAUAAUUGUUCAUUGCAUCUUACUCAAAUGUUUGCUCAUGUUUAUCCUGUCACCAGAACACAUACAUUUAUUUUGUCAUCUAAAUCUGCUCCUGGAAUAAUUAUAGCUACUGGAGUAGUUGGUAAAUCAUUGAAAGGCAACCCUGGUGUUUUUGUCAGUAGAGAUGCUGGGCUCACAUGGAGACAAGUGUUAAAAGAAAUGCAUUUUUAUAAUAUGGGUGAUUACGGAGGAAUUUUGAUAGCUGUGCGAUACUACAAAGGUGAUAAAGAAGAAACUAGUCAAAUUCUUUAUUCGACCGAUGAAGGGGAAACAUGGCUUGAACAAAAUUUUACCAACAGCAAAAUAAAAGUUUAUGAAUUAAUGACAGAGCCUGGAGAAAAUACUACGGUUUUUACUAUGUUUGGUUCAGUUAUGGAAAAACAUGAAUGGUUAAUAGUUAAAGUCGAUCUAAAGAAUGCGUUUUGUAAGUAUUAUAUUAUUAUAGACCCAUAUUCCUAAAUUAUUUGAGUAUAUUGUUCUAUCUAAAAUUCAGUCUAAUAAACCCCAUCCUCAUGGAUGAACAGCUAAGGUUCUGUUCGAGUUGCUCGACUACAACUUGUAACUACAUCUUUAAAGAAUUUAGUGACCAUUCCCAAAUAGAUAUUAUUUAUACAGAUUUCUCCAAAGCUUUCAACUGUGUUGAUCACUUAACAUUAAUAAGUGUUUUUAUCAAUCCAGUUUUAGAAAACCGCUUUUAUCAUAGUUUCACUUUUUCCUUGUAGAUAGGAAGUGGGUGAAAAAUCAUGGGGGAUCUUUCCAGCUACUUCAGACGUCCUCUAGGGAGGAUAUCUCUCCGGUACUCUUCUCUCUAUUUAUUAAUAGUGUUAACCUAGUAUUGGAACAUGUAUGCUUACUAGCCUUUGCAGAUAAUAUCAAAUUAUUUUAUCGUGUCAAUUCGUUUAGUGAUUGCUAUACCCUACAGGACGAAUUAAACAGGGUUGUUACUUGGGCUUAUAAGUUAGGGUUGACGUUUAAUAUAGCCAAAUGUCAUUUCUUCACUUGUUGUAAAUCUCCCAUAGAGUUUACCUAUUCCAUCAAUAGAUUUUUCCUUGGUUCGUUGGAGGAAUUCGUCACUAAUCUUGGUUCAACUCUCAGCCCUAAUUUGCACGAAAAGCGGACAUGCUGCAAGCCCUCAAUACAUUAGAACUAAUGAAGCAUAUUUCCUUUGACUUUAAGCUAAAAUCUUCCUUAAAGACUCUUUAUUGUUCGCUUUUUAGGCCAAUUUAAAAGUACGGAUCUGUCAUUUGGAACCCUCUUCCGGCAGAAAACUCACUUAUGCUUGAGGUUGUUCAACGCAAAUUUUCAAAUUAAAUUGUUUAUGCUUUUAAGAUUGAGUAUCCACCGCACGAUUAUACACCUGUCCUCCAUUUUCUUGGGUUAGAAAUUUUGACCAAUCGUCUGCGCGCCUGCAGCCUUGUCUUUUUGGUCAAACUGUUAAAAGGAUAAAUUGAUUCUCCCUUUUCACUCCCUACCUCUACUACUAAUUAUGAUCUUAAUAAGUCUCCGACUUUUUUUGUUUUUAGCAAAUUUGGACCCUUGUUUUAUAUUAGUUGUAUACAAUUGUUAUACUGAUAAAUAGUAUUUGUUGGGCACAUAGCCCUUAUCUUUUGUAAAUGAAUAAAUUUAAAAAAAUAUUUAUUUUAGAUUCAGAGUUUAAGAAUCUGUUAUAAUAUGUUUUUUUUUUUAUUAAAAGACUUCCGGCUAGUAAAUAUGAGUAUAUUAUGUUUAUAUUUUCCAAAAGUUACAUUAAAUUAUAUACAUUUAUGGUAAUACUUCAGAUGUGUGAUAUAUUUUUCAAUUUUUUAGAAGAUACAGAUUUUUUGCCAAGCAGUAUUUUAUUUGAUAAAAAAAACUGAUGAAUAUUUAUAUAAUGGGUUCAAUUUUGUUGACUUCUGGGUUACCCUAGUUGCAAGGAAAUAACUAUGACUAAUACUAUUCUCUUUGGAAUUGUUGUUUGAUGAUUAUAGUUUAAUUUUGCUUUAAAUUUAUAAAUUAAAUUACUCCAGAUAUGUUUAGUGCAAAUUACAUCAAGUAUUUUUUUUUUUUUUUUAAUCAUUUGUUGUAUUAAUUUUUACAGCAUAUAACUGUACCAAAGAUGAUUACAAAUCUUGGUCGCCUAAAUCGUCAAAAGAUCAUCUAAAAACAUCAUGUGUACUUGGUCAGACACAAACAUUUCAAAGAAGAGCACCCAAAGCAAAUUGUUACAAUGGAAUAAAUUAUGAUAGACCUAUUCAAACUAUUACGUGCGAUUGUGAUGUUGAAGAUUUUACAUGGUAAAAUAUUGAAAUAUAUUUUAAUGUUAAUUACUACCUAGGUAUCAAAAUUGAAUUGUUUAAAUUUAUUUUUAGUGAUUAUGGAUUUACUUGGCAAUCAAGUUCAAAACAAUGUAUUAGAAAUAAGACAAUUAACAUUGAUCCUUAUGUAUUGCCAUCUUUUUGUAAACCUGGUCUAAUGUAUAAUCGUACAAAAGGUUAUCGUUUAAUACCUGGAGAUAUGUGUCAAGGUGGUCGUGCAUUAGAAUUUAUGCCUCAAGAAAUUCCAUGUCCAUUUGAGUAUGUCUACUAUUUAUUCAAAAUUAUACAUUUUAAUUAAUGAGUAUAUUUUUUCCAGAGAAAGACCAGAAUUUAUAUUAGUUGCUCAAAAAGAUCGUAUCCUGAGAUUGAGUCUUAAUAAUAAACCAUAUGAGGUAUUACCUGUGCGUAAACUAGAUAAUGUCAUAGCUGUUGAGUUUGAUGUGAAAAAUAACUGCGUUUUCUGGGCUGAUAUCGUUACAGAUACAAUUGGGGUAUAAUAUUAAUAAAUAAUUUGAAUAAUUCUAUUUUAAAUUUAUUAUUUUAUUAAUAUUUAUAGUUAAUUUUCUUUUAAUUUGUUGCAAAUCUAUAAGUUAAUUAUUAAUUUUUAGCGUCAAUGUCUGUCUGAUGGCAACGAAGGUCCGGAAAUUUUGGUAAAUACUGGACUUAGUAGCGUUGAAGGAAUGGCAUAUGAUUGGAUUUCUAAACAUCUUUAUUUUGUUGAUGGCACUUUAUCUAAAAUUGAAGUUAUACGUACUGAUACUAAAAUUCCUGGGCAUAUCCGUCGAACUGUUUUAGGUCCCAAUCAUUUAAAGAAACCUCGAGGAAUAGCUAUUCACCCUAGAGCUGGGUAAGUAGAGAUUAGGAACAAAACGACAAAUUAAAAAACAGGUAUUAAGAUAACUAUUUUCAGUUAUUUGUUCUGGACUGAUUGGGCUAUUGGAGAAGCCAAAGUAGCAAGAUCUAAUUCAGAUGGAUCUGAUAUAAAAACAUUAAUUGGUAAUGAAUCUGUUGAAUGGCCCAAUGGGCUAGCUGUUGAUUAUAUAGCUGAACGUUUAUACUGGGUGGAUGCUCGACAUGAUUAUAUUGCUUCUUGUGAUUUACAUGGAAAUAAUGUUAAAAAAGUUAUUAAAAAUGAUGUAAGUAUUAUUGAUAAAUAAUAAAUAUUAAAUACUAAUGGAGUGCUUAUUUCUCAUUUUAGGAAAAGGUAUCUCAUCCAUUUGCCGUAGGUAUUCUUAAAGAUUGGAUUUAUUGGGACGACUGGAAACAAAAUUCAAUAUUUAUGUCAGAUAAAGAUCAUGGAACUAAAAUACAAAUAAUUGAAACAAAUUUAGUUGGAUUAAUGGAUUUAAAAGUAUAAUAUAUUGUAGAUUUUUUUUUUAUUUAAUAGUAAAUAUUUACUUAUAUUUUAGGUAUUCUCUCAUAUGUCACAAACUGACACCAAUGAAUGUUCAACUAAUAAUAAAUGCUCUCAUUUUUGCUUUGGUUUACCCAAUCAAAAGUUUUCUUGUCAAUGUCCUGACAAUAUGAGUAAAUCGGAUGGUAUGUGUCUUUGUCCUGGUUCUAAUGAUCCAUUUAUCAAUGGAACCUGUCCAUCGGGUAAUUUUCAACAGUUUAUUUUUAGCAAAUUAUAUAAUUAGCCAAUAAGUACAUAUUUUAAUUUUUCAUAUUUUCGAUAACAGUUGGUCAUACUUGUUCAGUUGAUUAUUUUCAAUGCUCUAAUGGUAAUUGUAUCCCUAAAUAUUGGCAAUGCGAUGGUGAUAAUGAUUGUGGAGAUUCAUCAGAUGAAGUAAGUUUUUCAUUAAUAACAUUUUGUAUUUAAAUUGUUUAACUUAAAUCUUGUUUAUCAAUUAAAUUUAAAUUUAAAUUCUUUUAUAAAUAAUUUAACUUGUUUUAAAACUAAUAAAAAAAAAAAAAAAAAAAAUUAUGAGACUUAUACAAUAAAUAUACGAAUAAAAAUGUAAAAGUAUAAAAUCAAAACAAAAAAAAUUGAAAACAUUGAAAUAAGUAUUUACAUAAUGGAAUGACUAUAUAUUUUUUUUUACAACUUUGAUUAAAAUUGCUCUCUUAAACAUAUAUGUGUGUAAUAUUUUGAUAAUUGUGAUAAUUAUAAUUGUUAACAAUUCAAAUAUUUGUACCUUCAUGUGUCUCAAUCCAACUAAUACACAAUAUAGCAAAAUCUUGCUUAUUAAGACUGUAUAGAGCUUGCUUGAUUUCGAUUUUAAAAUAAAAUCAAUUAUUAUAAAAUGAAAAUAAGAUAAUAUUCCGGAAGGCAAGACUAUUUGUUUUUUCAUAUUAUUCUGAAUAUAACGUUCAAUACAUUGUUUAGAAAUAAAGACUAAUUCAUCAUUUUUAAAUUAUUGUAAUGUUAAAAAAAAAACCUCAUCGUCUUUCUUUUUAGAAUAUUGUCCUCUUUUAAUUUUAUAAUAUGUACUUUUCUCUAAAACCAAAAUUAAACGAACACUACACAGUUUGCAUAUGGUAGAUUUUUCUAUAUUGCCUGUUAGUUUGACUAAGACAGCACAUGUAGAUAUCACAUUCUCUUAAGCCUUGUCAGGUUAGAGUUAGUGUAUUAGUGUUAAAUAUACAAUAUUGUAUUAAGAUAUUAUGUGUAGUAAACUUAUUUUUCUUCCCUGCCUUACUGUUGAUAACAAUUUAUUUGUAUUUAUUAUCUAGUCAAAGUGUAGUAAAGUCUCAUGUGGUCCAAACUCUUUCCAAUGUAACAAUGGAAAAUGCAUUCCAUCAUAUUGGAAAUGUGAUUUUGAUCCAGAUUGCGAAGAUGCAUCAGAUGAAUUAAAUUGCAGUAAGUAUAUUUUUUGUUUAUUAUUAUUUUAUUAUAAAUAAUCUUCUAUAGAAAUCUUAGUCCAAAUUUCAAGAAUUACAUUUUUUCUGAAGCAAAAUGUUAUCUAGUUUGUGAGUAAAAAAGAAUUUGUUGUUUAAUUUUCCAUAGUGUUUUCCAAAUAAUCACGAAAAGCCAGGAAAAACCAUAAGAAAUAUGGCAAAGUGUAUGACAUUUAGUUUUUUUGUUAUUAGGUUAAACAUUUUUGUAGACUGUGAAAUUUUUAAAAAAUUCUAGCUAUUUUUAAGCUAUUAAUGGGUAUUUAAUAUUUUUGUGUAUUUUUACUUGGUAUUUGGAUAUCUGUUAUUGAAACUAUAUGGCUUAAGAAAAAUGUUUGAAAAUUGUAUACAAAACACAUAAGUUGCACUUAGUGGUCUAAAAAACAAAUUUGACUUUUUAAUGCUUAUUUUUUUUCUUUUCUUUUUUUUUUUCCGUGUGUUUUAAAAUCAAAUUUUGACGGAAAAAUAAAAAUUACAGCACUACAAAAUAUGUCCUACCAAACUUUGUUUUUAAUCUUUUUUCAUUAGCAAUGGUUUAUUGUUGCAUACAGAUUAAAUAACUUAAUGUUUCCUAUCUUUCCAACAUACAAUCUACAACAGUGACUACACCUGUCCCUAGUAUCAACUCUUUUUUAUUUAUUAUUAGUUUAAAACAUUUUGAAAUUAAAAUUACAUAAUCAAGUUAUAUUAUAAUAUACAAUAUAGCAUAAUCGCAAUCAAUGAAGUUCUUGAAUCUAUAUUAAGUUUAAACUCAGUUGUUGUACACUAAAAAUUAUAUAUUACAUAUUAUAUUGAAUACUUUCAGAGUAUUCCAAUUGUUCUGAUACACAAUUUCGUUGUAAAAAUGGUCGAUGCAUUACAAACCAUUGGCGUUGUGACUUAGAAGAUGAUUGCCAUGAUGGAUCAGAUGAAGUUAACUGUACAAACAUUACUGGCAAUUCUUCAGCUACUUGUCAAUGUAAGUAUAUUAUAUAUAUAUAAGCAUAUUAUAUUUAUUAGUUGAACAAUGGACAUUUUGUUUUUAUUUUAGCAAGUCAUUUUCUUUGUCCUGGUACAUUCAGCACUUGUAUUCCCAUGAAAUGGCAAUGUGAUGGCGAAUCAGAUUGUCCAGAAGGUAAAGAUGAACUAAAUUGUAAAGUUGCUAACUGUGAAUCUUGGCAAUUUGAGGUUUGUAUUUAUUAUGUUGAAAAGUCUUUUAAAUAGAUUGUUUAUUGUAACAAUUAUUUUGUUUUUAGUGUGCCAAUCAUAAAUGUAUAUUUGCAUCUUGGAAAUGUGAUGGGGAUGAUGAUUGUAAUGAUGGGUUUAAAAGUGAUGAAGCUAAUUGUUCGUCUACUACUAGAGCUUAUCCUAUUGAACAAACUACUCAAUUACCAUUUAUCACUAAUGUUAGUAACUAUAUUUAUAUAUAUUAACAGUUUUUUUUUUUUUUUUAUGUAUUAAUACAUUUUAAUUUGUAUUAAAAUAUUAAGGGUACGUGUAGUGAAUGGUUAUUCCGAUGUAACAAUGGCAAAUGUAUUCCCUAUUGGUGGAAAUGUGAUAAAGUAUUGGAUUGUGAAGAUGGAUCUGACGAGGAACAAUGCGGAACAGCAGCACCAAUAGAUGUUCAAAAAACUAUCACUACAAAAACUAUUACUGUACCAACUGUAAAAAACAUGUGCCCUAAAUUUUAUUUCCAAUGCAAUUCUGGUUUGUUUUCUUUUUUUUUUUCUUGUUAAUUUCACAAAGAUAUUAAUUACUUAAACAAUUUUUGUUUUUUGAUUUUUAGGUUUAUGUAUUGAAGAUUCAUGGGUGUGUGAUGAACUUCCUGAUUGUGAUCAAGGCGAAGAUGAAUAUAAUUGCAAAAAUAAUAAUUUUGUCGGCCGUUGUAAAAAUAGUAGCAGAGAAUUCAAAUGUCGUAAGUCUGGAUCGUGUAUUAACAUUGAAAAAGUUUGUGAUGGCACUCCACAAUGUCCAGACAGAAGUGAUGAAGAUAAUUGUACCAACAACAAUCAAAGUAAGCAUUAUCGAUAGUAUCAAUUAUUAUUUUGUUAUUAUAAUUUUAUAAAAUUCAAUAAAAUUAACCCAAAUUAUGUAGCUCCAGCAACACCUAGUUGUGGAUUGGGUCUAUUCCCAUGUGAUGGUAGUAGAUGUAUACCAGCAUCAUUACGGUGUAAUGAGCAUAAAGAUUGUUAUGACGGCACUGAUGAAGAUUAUUGUGACAUAAACAAUACCAGUAUUCAAGUGAGUUUCUGCAUUUAUCACAAUAAUUUAAUUUAUUUUUUAUUUAUUUUUUUAUUAUUAUUAUCAGGUUUCAUUAAUGUUUAUUGAUGAACAUGAAACAACUUCAGAUUCCUUAGCUUUAUACUGGGUAUCACCAAGAAAUUUGAGUUUGGAAUAUUUACCAUCUAUAAGUGAAUCUCGCAUGUCUGAAACUUGCGUAAAUUAUACAUGGAUAUCUGAUACUAGUUAUAAAUUUACUUCACUGAAGCCAUUUUCUUCAUAUAAUAUGACCGUAUAUGUCCGUCAAAAAGAUAAGCCUGAUAUUAUUUAUCCACCAGCAUUUUUCAUUUUAGCAUCAACUGCUGAAGGUGGUAUGUAUAAUUUAAUAGCUGUAUAUGAUAACCAAAUUAAUAAUUAUGUAUAAAAAUUUUCUCAUCUAUAAAUUUAAUUUAUAGUUCCAAGUGCUCCGAUUAAUGUAAUAGUUAAACAAGUAAAUGCCGAAGAAGUGUUAGUAACUUGGACUAAACCAGAAAAUCCAGCUGGUCGCAUUUCAUCAUAUAAUGUUUAUGUUGAGCCACCACACCCGCCUAUGGUUUUAUCUGUAGAAGCUGAUUUUACCAAUUCUACCCAGUCAUACCCUGUUCGAUCAUCGUUAUAUCGUAAAUCUAUUUAUUACAGUUUUUGGGUAUGAAUUAUAAUUUAUUGUUAAAUAAUAAAUAUUAUUGACACAAACUUUGUUUUUAGGUUACUGCUAAGUCAUCAGAAUUUGAAUCUGAACCUUCUGCAGUAAAAAGAUUCCAAUUUGAUGAGGAUUCAUUAGUAGACGUGAAUUUAAAAUUAAAUGUAACUGGAAGAUCAGAACACAGCCUUACUUUAACUUGGGAUAGUGUUAAUCAUGCAGAGAGUUAUAGUGUUGUUGCUUCAGCACCAGUUAAAGAUGGACCAUAUCCUUAUUCUGUUCAAUCAUUUAAUGUAUCCAAUGAAAAGAAAAUGGUACACUUUAUAAGUAAGAACUUUUUUAUUAUAAGUAAAAAUGAAUUAUUCUGUUCUAUUCCUUAUAUGCAAUUUUUAGUUAGUAGAUUGUCUCCUGGUGUGACAUACACAAUAAAUGUAACACCAUACAACAAGCGAUAUGUUGGUAUGAAAUAUACAAUUGUGACAAAAACUGAAGGUAGGAAUAUUAAAAUAUUAGUUUAAUAUUCAAACACAUAUUUUUAAUAGAUUAUAAUAAAAUCAGGUCAACCAUUGCCAUGUGUGACAAAUAUAACUGGCUCUUUAGUUAACAUUAAAGAUAAGAAAGAAUCUACAAUUGAAGUUAAAUGGAAUAUACCUAAACCUUUAGGAAAGACAAAAUGGCUAUAUGGAGUCUAUUAUGGCACAAACACAAAUGAACUACUCAGUGGUAUAAAAAUCUAAAAAAAAAUGUUUGUCUAUUGGAAUUUUAAUUUAAAAUAUUUUGUUUUAGGGCCUAAGUAUAAUACUUCGGCAACCAUAGCUAUUUUAAGCAAUAUUGAAUCUUGUACUUCACUUAUGAUUGAUGUUGGUGUUAUUGGUCCAUACGGUAUUGGGCCAUUAUCUAAGAGACCACUUAAUAUUAUUACUCCAUUUGAUCCAACAGUUCCACCUAAGGAUAUAAAAAUUGAACAGCUUGAACAUACACCAAAAGCCAUGAUUGUUAUUAGUUGGAAAGCAUCUUGUCACCCUGUUCAACAGUCGUAUAAAGUAAUAACAUUUAAAAUAAUUUUUCAUCCCUUAAUUUCAGUUAAAAUUGCAUAUAAUAUAAAUUAUUUUAAGGUUAACAUCUUGGAAUCUAAUAGGAAUUUAAAUUUUGAAAUAACUGUUCCAAAUGUAUCUGAUAUUGAAGCUAAGGUUAACUUUGCCACUAAUUAUGGUGGUAAUUACUUUAUUCGUGUUUCAACAAUAACACCAAAUGCUGUACCAUCACCAUUAAUUAAUUACCGUGCACCAGAAUUGCCUCCUCCGCACCAAGUUAAAGUUUUCAAUACUCCAGAAGGCCAUUAUAAAAUCUAUUGGAAUAAACCUACUUUGCCAAAUAGACUUCAAAAAUUGUGAGUCAAAAUAUAUAUAUGUAUAUUAUUAUUAUUUUUUAUGUAUAAAAUAGUCACAUAAAUAUUACAAAUAUGUAUAUCUUUCUAGGGUUAUUCAUUAUUUAGUACAUAUGUCUGAAGGCAAUGAUUUAAAUGUUACAAAUGCUAAAACCUAUAGAGCAGAAGAUACUCCACUUACUAUUAUCGAUCCACCUACAAGUAGUCAGUUAUCAGUAGCUGUACAACUGGCCACAGAAGCAGGAUACGUAUCUGAGAUGUCUGAAGUAUUCUCAUUUAUACCUCAUAACGGUAAAUACAAUAUUCACAAUAAAUUUAUUUAACAGUUUUUAAUCUUUCUAAAUGUAAUAUUUUUACAGUUGAAGGUCAUACUGCUGAAGUUGUAGUUGGUGUCAAUACAGGAUGGACAUCUAUGAUUCUAGUAAUGUUAGUAAUAGGACUGUCUGCAGGCCUGGCUUAUUUUGUUAUAAGACAUAGAAACUUACAAAGUAGCUUUGUGCAAUUUGCCAACAGUCGAUACGAUACCAGAUCAGGAUCAGCUACUUUUACUGGAGUUGAUAGUCUUGGUUAGUAAUUUAAUAGUGUAUUAAAAGUAAUUUUAUUAAUAUUAUUAUUAUAUGAUUAUAAAAUAUUUUGUUCAUUUUUAAUUAAAUUUGAUUUUCUCUUCUUGUUCAUGCUAUCUUAGGGUUGGGAAUGUUUAAAGGUAUAUACUAUAUAUUAUAAAUACUACAGUGCUCUAUGUAUAGUUCUUUUUUGUUUUUUAUUUAAUAUUCAAUUAAAAUAUAUUGACAUUAUUUGUUGUUUUUCAGAUGAUGAACCAGCAGUUCAAGGCUUCUCAGAUGACGAGCCACUAGUCAUUACUUAA